GGGACCCACUGUGUAGCUUUAAAUAGCAACGACGAAACAUUACAAAUCAAAUGCGACAUCGAAAGUUUAGGACUCUCUUUAGAUCCAGUGGACAAUAUUUUGUAUUAUUAAUUUAAUCAAGACUAAGAAUCUGUAUAGAUCUAGAUCUAAUUAUAGAUCUAGUUUACGUUAUUAUUAGAUAUAUCUAUUGAUUAGUAGAUUAUCUGAUUCUGUGACAGUUUGUGUGUGUUUUUCUUCAUAUAUUCAUUCAUCAUUCGUUGGAUUUAGAAAGUGAAAGCAAAGAAUACCAACAUGAGGAUUUCACUGACCACCCACUUGCUGACCACCCACUUGCUGCUGUCCGCCUUUGUCAUUGUCUUCUGUAAUGGCCGCACGAUUGAUGACCUAGAGGACGACAGUGACGAUGACUACUGGCCAGUGUUUUGUCCGCCACACAACUACUACAACAGGCAACUGGAAAACUGUGUGCAUUGUUCAGGCUGUCCUCUGAACACCAUCAUCACCAGCCCUUGCUAUCGCUUUCAGGACACUAAAUGUGGCCCAUUUCUAGAGUUUGAUUUGGCCAACGCUGAGCACAGGGCCAACUCUGAGGAGAGUCAGUCGGAAUCCCAAGACACUGACUUGUCAUUAGCCAGGCCGCUAGAGAAGGGUAACGCUGUCAAGAGUGCAAGCUCCGCGAAGGAGAGUUUGGAAGAACAGGAGUCCAGGAGACAGUGGAGUGUAGCCGUCUUGAAAAUGUCUCUGAUCAUAGGCGGAUUCGUGGUUCUGAUUGUGGUGGUGGUGAUUGUCAGCGUCGUCUGCAUCAAGAGACGGGCAGAGAGGGAGAAGAAACUGGUGUGUGAGUACAUGCCUCCUCCGGGUGAUGUGCCCCAAUGUUGACAUUUGAUCUAGAACUGGAAAUUUGAGACACAUCACCAUCUCUGAAGAUGGUUUUACUGUAAUCUCUCCAAGGGAGAUUAUUCUAGGGGUAACUGGACCACGAAACAAAGUAAUCAAACUGGAUCUGCUGUUCAGUGAAUGAACAAAUAUUGAUUGAGACCUGGAACAUGGACCUGUGAAACGAACAAAGUUCCUACCUUUCAGUCACACAAGUAAUCCUGUAAAACUAAAAGUCUAAAUCUAUCUAAUGUUGACUGCAGUAACAUUCCUUGUAUUGGCUCUGCAUUUCUCGAUUUUGAAAAUCAUAAACUGCCAAAUCUCUUUGAUGUUUAGAUAUCUACAAAACAAAAUCUGAAUAUCGAAUUUUUAAAAACUUCGCAGACUCAAUGGAGAGAAUUGUCUACAUUCCUUUGCCCUGUUGUAUUUAUUGUUAUAUAUUGUGAUAAUCUAUUGUUAUGUCAUUGCUAUAGUCAUCUUUAUCAUAACAGGGACUUGUGUAGUUUUAUUCAGUUAUUAUGUUUACAAAUAAAAGGGGGCACGUCAUUCAAACAGUUGGAGAACCUCAAGUAACCCUUUUAAUUGUUACUGCCAACUUAAAUACUAAGUGAACCAUCUCUUGUCUUAGUUGCACAAAGGCUGUGUCUUUAAUCCUCUUUUGUUUUUAUCUAAUGCAGUCUUGUCGUGGGGUUUUUUGGUAUUUGUGUCUGACUUUGGAAUGAUUGUAUGCUAGAACCCUUUUACCACAUUUAAGAUUGUGCUUUAUCUUUGAUAGAUAUAUAUUUUAAAACAGUCUUUGCCCUCAGAUUCACAUAUCUUGUAAAUCCCCCCACACACACACACAUACACACACACACCACCACCACCACCUCCCUUCUCCUCACACACAAUAUGGAGUUUGGUUCCUCCUCCCCCCCCCCCCCAACUUUUCUGGUAAAAUCUAAUUUUUCUACCCAUGAUAUACAAAACUGCCAAACAUGUGUAUCUGUGAGAAGUACUAUAACUUUGUGCGAUCUAUGUGGUAGACGAUGUAAACAUGUAAACGUCAUCUGUUUCUUUGGCCCAAAGGUGUGAUGUGGCCAGCACAAUGACCGACCGACUUCACUUUCCCCAACUAAGGUCAGGUAACCAUUAGAGUUGGGUGGACUCAGGGGAAUCCCUAAAAUCCUGAAAUAAACAAAUCCCAGUCGUCACAGAGAUUUGAACCCAGGACCUCUCUGUUCAGAUAUCAAGCGUUUUACCACUCAGCCACCAUUCCCCAUUAUGAGAAGUACAGUCCAAGCCAAUGUCAAACUUUUUGUUUUCUAAGAAAACCCACUGGUAACUUUGUCUUGUAAAGAAAGCCCUUGUCCACAUUUGCUUUUUUUUUUUAAAAACUCGAUGCCCAAUCAGGAUUGUAGGUCUCUGCCUUUUGCAUGUGUUAUGUUAAUGUAAAAUACCUUUGUUCAUAAAAUAAUUUAUUUUUUUCGAUUUAAAAAAAAAUGAUUUGAUUAUUUAUUAAUUGCAAGCAAGCAAUGAGAAUGUUGCCACAUUGGCAACACCCUGAAAUGUAAUUUUUUGUUUUGGUUUCAGUUGAGAAAUUUAUAUUUGGCAGCUUGUUGAAUGCUGGUGAAAGAGUUAGAUGGGAGUGAACGAGAGAAAGGGAGAGUCUGAAUCAGAGAGAGAGAUGGGUGAGAGUCAGGGAGAGGAGGAGACCGUUGAGAGUAAGACAUCGAGAGAAAAUGUGUAAGGCUGUGUUUAAAUGUCUGAUGUGCAAUGCUAGAUCUACAAAAAAAAAUUGCCUGUCACUCAAUUCACUGACAGUAUUAAACAGUAUUCUGAAUGAAAUCUAUUCUUAUAAUCUUGUAUGUAGUGUGCUGUUCAUUUCCUUUCAUUUGUGAUUCUAACUUUGUUAAUUAAAAUAAACUAUUAGACACUAAA